AUGGAACAUGCCACAAGCCCAACUGGCCAAGCAGUGGACACUGAGGAUCACGCAUUACCUCCGCCACUCCAAAAGCUUUCUACUAUUCUCGAUGAAAGUCCAGAGACCCUUGCUGUAGGGGAUUCAGAACUCCACGCUGUUGCUUUAGCUGCAGCCAAACAUAUAUUUGAUCUUUCGGUUCAGUCGGAAGAAAAAUCUAGGCCUCACAUUGGUAGUCUCAUUACAUCUAUAUCUCCUGCGGAAGCACCCCAGACAAGGUCUAAGCUAAAGGCAGAUCAAAAUAAACCAAAGGCUGACGCAGAAAAGAAUUUAUUCGACUUCACACCUUUAAAGUCGCUGUUCGUCGAUGGCAUGGAUGAGGAACAAAUUUGGGCCCAGUUGGACCUUCGUACGAAAACUGUUUGUAAGAUGCUCGAUUUUGUUCUCGAGGGAGAAGUUGGAGAAGAGCAGGAUAAUGACGAAGAGGAUGAUGAGGAGAGCGAAGAGGAUCCCGAGGAGGCACUGAGAAAGGCGUUGGAGGGGAACAAGGAUAUCGACAUGGACGAGUUCAUGGCCAAAUAUGGACUUAGCGAAGACGACUUGGAAGACUCGGAGGAGUCUCAAGAAGAGGUCGAAAUGGGCAUUGAUGAAGACGUAUCUGAGUCUGAAGAAGGAGAGGAAGAAGAGGAGGGAUUUUCACCUCUACGGGACCCUGAAGAAGAAGGUCAUAAUCCAAAAUCGAUACUGCGGAAACGGGAUCCCAAACCGUCUUUGAAAAAAAAGAGGAAAGGUGGUCACCCAGAACUUGACGACGGAUUUUUUGACUUGGCGGAAUUCAAUGCGGAAACAGAGCGCGCUGAGUCUAAGUCCUCUACCAGAGGGCGUCUAUCUGGAAAAGAGGAUUCUGAUUCUGAUGACAUGGAUAUUGACCUUUUCGCCAGUGUUGACCAUGAUGAAAACUUUGAUGAAGAGGACCUCCAAAAUGGCGAAGGUGAACUAUACUACAAGGAUUUCUUUGAACCUCCUUCGCGUUUCGAGCCAUCUUCGCAGAAGCCCAAGGGAAAUGGAAAGGGUCAGGUUCAUUUUCACGACCAAGUCCGAGUCAAAAAGAUAAAAGCUACUGGCAAGAAUCGAUCCCUGCAUGAUGAUGACGAUGAAGAAGAAGAAGAUGAUGACGAUGAAUUGGAUGAAGAUGCAGACAUGCCGGAUUUUCAAUUCGGAGAUCGUGAUACAGGGGGAAGCGACGAUGAGAUGGAAUGGGAUGAAAGUGACAGAGAAGAAGACGACGACGACGACGAGGGCGAAGAUUCAGAUUCUUCAGAGUCUCAAGUUGACAAUGAGACUAUAGCGCGCAUGAAGAACGAUCUUUUUGCCGAGGAUGAGGAAGUGCCCGAUGACCUGACCACAUACGAACGAAGAAUGGCUGCCUUACGCGAACAAAUAUCAGAGCUAGAAUCUGAAAAUGUUGCCCCAAAAGAAUGGGUUCUAAUGGGAGAGGCUGGAUCGCGUCAACGACCCCAGAACUCACUACUCGAAGAAGAUUUGGAAUUCGACCGCGUCAUGAAGGCAGUUCCUGUCACAACAGAGGAAGCUGUGAAAUCGUUGGAAGAAACCAUCAAAGCGCGUAUCUUGGAGGGUCGGUUCGACGACGUUAUUCGCAUAAGACCACUAGAAGACAAACCGUUUUUACCCUCAAGACUCCUUGAACUUAAGGACACAAAAUCGACGCAGUCCCUUGCCCAAAUCUACGAAAAUGAUUACGUUGCCAGCCAGACUGGUGGAGAGGCCGUGGAUGAUCGCGACGGGAAACUCAAAAAAGAACACGAAGAAAUUGACUUGAUGUGGGAGAAAAUCUGCAGUAAGCUCGAUGCCCUAUGCAAUGCUCAUUUCGUACCAAAACAAGCCAAGGCAACGAUUUCUACUGUGACAAAUGCUGCCACAGCUUCUCUGGAAUCCGCUCUACCAACCUCAAAAUCAACAUCCACCAUGCUUGCACCCGAAGAAAUAUUCGCUACUUCCCCGUCGUCGUUGCGCGCUCGCAGUGAGUUAACUCCAGCCGAAAAACGAGCUCAACGGUCAAGAGACCGAAAGGCGAAGAAGCGACAGAGGGAAUCCCUUGAAAAGAGCGUCGAUAAACUCGCUAAAUCUCGCGGAAUUGGAGGUGUCAAGAAACAGAAACAAGCUGCCCUCGAAAGUGUUGUUAAGCACGGAAAGGGUGUCACCGUCAUUGGCAAGAAAGGUAUUACCAGUUCCAAAGACAAACGCAAGAAUGCGUCCAACCCCCUUAACAACACGAUGCACCUUUUCAAGAAGAAGAACGCAAACGCUAUACCUCCGGUCUCAGAACCCAAAUUACCACCUUCGUCUACCAGCGUCAAUGGGUCCUUUAGUUCUUAUAGAUCUUCCUCUAGUACCUACGUUGCCAGCAGGGAUGGCGACCCAUAUCUCAACACAUCCAGACAACAAUCAUACGAUAAUAAGUCAGUAGACAAUGCAUCUUAUGUCGACCCAUACAAUCGCAACCGUGGUGUCGGAGAUGUAUAUUCACGCGGCGGCGCUGAGCUGGACAAAGACCGAAAUGAGCUGUUCUCAGGUUAUAAUCCUGCGAAAGGAGGAUCCGGUAGAUUCUUCGAUGGACCCAAUACCGGAAGGAACCCAGCGCCUGGUGAGGAGAAUGAUGAAGACGUCGAAGCGAUAAAACAACAAACUCGCUUUGUCAAGCAAGAGAGUGCCACAUCUACAAGAAAUGCACUCCGCAUGGCUCGGGAGGCAGAAGAAACUGCACGUAACACUUUGACUCGAUUAGGGGACCAGUCUGAAAAACUGGCCAACACUGAGCGCCAUCUUGACGUUUCUAAAGGCUACUCUCAGCGAGCUGAUGACAAGACUGAUGAACUCAAACAGCUAAAUCGUUCCAUCUUCCGACCUGUUAUUACUUUCAAUAAAGAUGCAAAGCGGGCUGCACAGGAAGCUAAGCUCCAAGCUCGGUAUGAAGACGAGAGAACGGAGAGGGAGAGAGCUAUGAUGGACAUCAGGGAGAGUCAAAAUCGUCUUGGCCGUGCAACGACUUAUGGACGUGGAGAUAAUGAAGAUGAACUUAUUGGAGGACGCAGCCGUAUGAAAUCUGCAGAACAAAUGGCCGCUCAAAAGGAACAACGCAAACGUUACCAGUUUGAAGCUAAUGCCUCCGACGACGAACUCGAAGACGAGAUUGACGGAAACCUUGACGAAAUCAGUGAAAUGACCAAGCGUCUCAAGGCUUUGGGUACUACAAUGGGAGAUGAACUCGACAGACAAAACGGUAGAAUCAAGAGGAUUGAAGAAAAGACUGUUGGACUGGACGAUAGGAUUUUCAAGAACACCGAACGCCUCAAAAGGAUCAAAUAG